GUUCAAGUCCUAUACAACAAAUCCCAGGAUUUGCUACAUUUAAUAUUAUUUAUUUUGAAUUCUAAUUUAUAUUUGUAAGGAAAGAGUAUUAAAAAAGGAUUUAAGAAGUGACGUCACAACAGUUCGAAAUAUCGAAUAGCGCCACCCCUACAUUAGCGCAUUAUUUUAUAACCCGCUUUGAAACCCACCGAUCUAAAUAUCCAUAAUCAUGUCCAGCGGAUUCGCGCGUAGCUACAAACUAUUUGUGGGCAACCUGCCGUGGACGAUCGGCAGCAAGGAGUUGCGGACAUACUUCUCGAAGUACGGGCACGUGGCCAACGCAGAGGUGGUCUUCGACCGGCAACUGGGCCUCUCCAAGCACUACGGAUUCGUGGUGUUCAGCCAGCGGGAUGCCUUCAACAGCGCCAGCAACCAGAACACCCACUUCCUGGAGGGACGCGUGCUCACCGUACAGCGGGCCAAUGAAAGUCCUUGAGGAUAAUAGACAAUAAUUCGAUUGAUUUACUAGUUGUAUGGAACAGCGGCGACAAUGAGAGAUGGUUCAAAUAUAGCGAGGUCGUAUCA